GAUGCUUUGAUAAAUCGAGUCGGACGGGCUGCAGCUGAAUAGAGGCUAUGUGAUGACUAUAAAUAUAAUACACAUUUGAAAAAUGCAUUAAUUGUUGCCUGGUCAAUUUCCAAUUCAGCGUGUUUCGAAAUCCAUGACUGGAAAUUUAGGAAAAACACUGCAUUCAUAUUGUUUUCUCCGCUCGUGUAUUUAUGUUUAGAUGAAGAUGAAAAGAGACUGGCGUGGGAGUGGCCUUUGUUCUGCCUUCUCUGUUUAUUUUUGUUUUUAUUUACAGGUGCCAAUAACGUGACGUCACAGGGCAAAGUGAGGCUUUCUCAUAUUGUUUGGGUUGCAAACCAAGAGACAUCAACAACAGCGGGCAAAUUAUUUAGCUGAAAGGAGACAUUUACAACUGGAGGAAUAUCUGGAAACCGUUCUUUAGAUUUGACUGCUGGACUUGAGGGAAGAUUUUAAUCUUGAUCAGAAGACAACUUGUCAACGGAGCAUCAAACUAUGGCCCUUUCAUUCAUUCACGGACAAGCGAAACAUUUUUAGAACUUUCAGACAAAUGAAAUCUGGAACCAGGAGUACCAACUGGUAAUCAAAGUAAAGGAAGAACGCUAUCGAAGAAGCCCCUUUGUGAUCAAUAAUCGCACCCAUUCAAUCCAGCCAUGUCAACAAGCAACACGGAGGGAAACAUCGCGGGAUCAGUAACUUUGGCUGCUUCUAGAACCUCGACAAAUUUAAUAAACAAGACAACAACUACGCUCAAACAGUCAGAAUCUUCGAAUAAGGCCAACUCAGACAUGGUUAGUCCACAAGGAUCUGCUACCAACCAUACAAAUGGCACUAGACUAUCUGGACAGGGUUCUAAGAAAGCCUCUUGCUGUUGUUCUUCACAUGACGAGCACCUGCCUGGAGUUCUAUAUCAGCAUAUUCCAAAUGGUACUAUUCCAGUUGACUCUAAAGUACCAGAACAUGGUGUAAAGGAUUGUAAGGGUGGAAAAUCAAAGCACAAUGGGGGAGCGUUUUGUUCAUCUUGUCCUCCAGGACUUCAUACCCAUCACAUGUAUUCUCCUCAAAACUGCCAUCCUCAGCCCACUUUUGAACAUGGGCACUGUGGCUGCCCAUCUGGGUACUUAGAUGGUCAUUAUCACUAUACACAUCAUCAACAAAAUCAAUCAAGGCCAGUUGCUGUUGUAGCUCAUCCCCCACCUUUGCUUCUAAGACCAAUACAACCACAGCAUAUUCAACAACAUCAGGCUAUUCUUGAACAGGAACUUAGGCCAUACUAUGAUGGAAAAUGGAAGGGAUUAGUAGAAUCUCAAAUUCCAUCAUUUGCUGGUAGGAAUCCUUCAACAGAUUCCCAUAAUGCAGUAAAUACAGUACCUGCCGGAUUCGUAGCGGACCCACAAUCAAUACAGGGACAUCCUUUGUUGAUUCAUAAUGUCUGCCAAUGGCCAGGUUGUGAAGCGUAUUGUGACAGUUUUCAACAAUUCUUACUUCAUUUAGAUAACGACCACGCAUUAGAUGAACGAAGCACUGCUCAAGCUAGAGUACAAAUGCAGGUUGUCGGUCAUUUAGAAACUCAGCUAAAUAAAGAACGCGAAAGGUUGAAUGCAAUGAUGAGCCAUUUGCACAUGCCAAAGGGUCAAGUAACAUCCCCAGUUUCCGAACAAGAACAACCACCUCACUCUCAUUCUCUUGUAACGAUCCAUGGUCAACCUUCUUCCCAAGAAUCAGCUGCCAGAUCACUUUCUUCCUCGCCUUCAAACACAACCAAUGAAAACACAGAAAAAGAUGGGCAGCUGGCUGCAGAGAAUAGGGAACGCAAAAUAUGUAUUACGCCUCCGCCCAAUAUCAGUGUCCACGAUAUUACUAGCACCCAUGAAGCAACAACCGUCACUAUGAUGCCAAUCAUUCACAUGCCCACCCACAUACACGAAGAUAUAAAGCCGCUGGUACGUCAUAUGCAUGAGGAGAAAAUUCACAAAAGAAGAAGCGCAGAUCCAGACGGAAUUUCUUUAGAUAUCCAAAGGUCUGCUGACUUCUAUCAAAAGGCGGAUGUACGUCCCCCUUUUACAUACGCGUCUUUGAUAAGACAGGCUAUUUUAGAUUCCCCAGACCAGCAGUUAACCCUGAACGAGAUAUAUUCCUGGUUUACUAGAACGUUUGCCUACUUUAGAAGAAAUGCAGCCACAUGGAAGAAUGCGGUCCGUCAUAACUUAUCUCUCCAUAAAUGUUUCGUAAGAAAAGAAAAUGUUAAAGGAGCUGUUUGGAUGGUGGACGAAGAUGAGUUCAUGAAACGAAGACCACAGUCUAAAGUUACGCAAAGUGCUUCGACAUUAAAGCAAGAACGUGAACGUUUACUACAGCAGCCGCCAUCUUGCCUGAUAGGCCUUCCAACACAAGUCAGUCUUGACGCAGUUUCCAACUCACGUGAUCACAAUGACGUCGGCCUAGAUGACGUCAGCAUGGCGUCUUCUUCAGACGAAGGGAGGAAACGGCCACGAGAGGAAGAAAGCGAAGAAGGUGGACAACCUAAGCGACAAGUGUUACAGGAAGAAGAAGAAAGUGAAGGCGUUGGAGGAAUCAGGAAGUUAGUUGAAUUUUGCUCCAAAGAUAUCAAACUUCAAAGCAGUCAACUGUCGCAGUCGAAUGUUCAAGUCAAGCUUGAACCCCAGGAUGAUGAGCCAGAGAUACAUAUGAACAGCAGUCCUGAGACCGACGAUCAGAUGCGUAAUGACACAAACUCACAAGAUAGUGAUAUUCAGUUGGAAGCUAGGAUGCUUUAUAGUGAAAAUGGUUCUUUUGUUGGAGAGGACGAAAAUGACAGGUAAAGAUGAGAUACCAGCACUAGAGUCGGUCCCUAAAUUAAAUUGGCGUAGCAAUAGCAGUAGGAAAAAUAUCAAAAUGGGAGCUAGCACGUUUUUGGUAUCGGAGACACUUUUGGCCACAGCUCGGAAGGAAGUCUUUUUAAAUGAUUGACGCGCGUGGCUAUAAUUACUGGUAGAUGGUAAGGUAGAUAUGAGGAGAGUAAGAUUCAGUAGUUGCUAAAUGCAAGGAUAGAAACGGUUUUAUACAGACAUGCACUGCUCAAAGCAAUUGACUUAGCAGAAUUUGUAUGAUGGGCUGAAAAACGGAUGAUAUGUUGUCUCAAAGACUUUCAAAUUGAACGGCGUGUUUUGAUUGGUUUAGAGGGAAACCAUUUUAGUGUCAAGGUACCGUAAGUAAGUUUUGUCGUAUGCACAAACAGCGCUUUUCGAUGUCAUUUUUGCGACUAAAGAAAUCUCUGGCAGAGUUCAUCCUUCAACCAUCUUGAACUUGUAGAGAUAGCAGAUCACAUAAAUAACACUUUAACGAGGAUUAGAUAUGUGUAAAAGAAGCAAAAUACUUACAAUAAUAUAAGCUAAUGAAAGAAACAUUGUAAAAAGUACAUUGAUUGAACCACAAACGAUUUUUCAAUGAGCAUGCGACAUCGACCAAAACUUGGGCACGGUUUAGUUUAAACAUCUAGAUCUUAAUAUAAAUAAAUAAAUAAAUAUAUAUAUAAAUAUAUAUAUUAAAACUAUUUCCAGAGGGCGACAGACUUCUAGAAAAAAUAAAUAGAUAGUUUCUGAUUAACUUAAAAAGGAGCAUGUGUCCAAAUAAUUCAAAUCAUUCAGCCCCAAGCAGUCUCUUUGGCGAUUAUUAAUAGAUAUUACUUUUUAAUAGUUUAAAACGUGUUUAGUGUCGUGGAAUGAAAAUUAUUAGUAGAUUAUUUUUUUAGAACCUCGAUGGAGGUAUAAAAUAUCUUGAUUUUAGCACAGAAUUUUAUGGAAAGAAUUUUUUAGGCAUUUUAUUUUAAUUUACUAAUGCACAGAAUAAUAUAAAAAUGUUAUUGGAUAUGCAGUGUGACAUUGUUAGAUAUGUUUGCACACGUCACGCAGUCCAGUUUCUUUAACCGGCUGUGUUGCGUGACAAGGAAAUUUGGAGUACAACCUCCUUCUGGUGUCUGGCAGUACCAAAUAAGAGUCCAAGGAAUUCAAGGCAUAUUAACAAACAUCUACUUUAAUAUAGUUCUGUUAAUUUUUCUCUGAUUAAUUUUUUCUUCAAUACCCAACUUUUGAUAUUGUGGUUGAGUUUGUCAAGCACAAAAACAUUUCGAGUCGAGGCUCCGGGGAAAUUUAACAAAGUAACCGUAAAUAUUCUUUUGUUUCCCCGAAGCCUCGACUCAAAUGCUUUUUGCUUAAUCAUUCAACCACAAUAUUGAAAGUUGGCUAUUCAGUUUUACUUUUUCGGAGACCGUCUUCGCUUUUCCUUUGUUCCUUCACACGAUCCAAAAGAAACUUGAUAUCUGGACAUAGCAAUAUUGCUCUGCGCAUUAUUUACGCACCCAAUGCAAAAGUUAUCAUUGCUUUCCAAAGCGUUUUUGAUAUUAAUACUGUGCUAAUUUUGGUGGGAAAAGACAACUGCACCAACAGCAGGCUCUAUAGGCCUUUUUCGAGUUCCGCGAUGGCUGUCAAAAGUAUCCCGUGCUCAGAUUCGAAAACGAGGCAUUUUCGGGCAAGACUAUUUCACGCGCUUUUGAAAACACAUACAAAACUUUGAAAAUCAUGCUAAUAAAUUGAGGAAUGCUUUGAAGUUUCUUUUAGUUGGGAAGCAGGAUAAUAACUUUUUGAAAAAAAUAAAGCUCACUUCAGACAAAAUCAUUUCUUCAAGAGUCUUAGAAAUUGCCUUAAAUUUUAUGGUUUCUUGUCACACUGCCCGAAAAUGCCUCGUUUUAAUGUCUGCGCCUGCGAUACUUUUGAAAGCGCUCGCGCAUCUCUAAAAUCGUCUACUAGUAAUACUUAAAGAAAUCGAGUCGGCUGUGGAUCCUAGUCAUUGAUUAUGGUAUGACAAGUAGAUGUAGAUAUAUUGUUACGAAGGUUCUUGGUAUGUCUGACGAAAUGAAAAUCUAGAAUAGCUUUGAAAUACUGGAAGAAAAUAAAGUAUGAACUUUGUCAAUUUUACAUUAGAAAUAAAUUUAUAAUUCGUUUAUUUCUUUUAAAUAAAAAAGAAAUCUAUAGAU